AAAUUAAUUUUUUAAGACGUAGAGAGAGACAGAGAGAGAGUACCGAGUGUGUGUAUAUAAGAGACAGGGGGCUUCUUUUGUUCUGGUAAAGUGAAGCUACGGUUCGUACUUCGCUUUAAAGCUUCUCGCCGGAGUAUUUCGCCGGAGUUUUAAUCGUGAAAGAAUUUAUAGAAGAGAAGAGGAGCUUAAAAUAAUUAUCGAGGUAGGAGAGAAAAAGGAGGAAAGUGAAGGAAAGGCUUUUAUUAGAUCCGUUGAUUUUCAGAGGAAUCGGAUUCCAUUUCUCUGUUCAAUCUCUGUUUUGCUUUUUAAAGCUUUUUCUCUAAAACUUAUCAACUUCUGCUGUUGUUUUUGAGGGCUUUUUGGAAAAAUGGGAGUGAAAGUUGGUACAUCUUGUUUUCAAUGGCCACAGCCAAUUAUACCUCGUUCUUCGUCUGCUUCUCAAACUCUGGCCUCUGCAGUUUCAUCUCCUUCCUCAAAAAGACGGUGCCGUUCUGAUGUACCUGGAACUGCAGCACUCAUGUGCCGAUAUGUACACAGACUAGACCAGUUUGCUCUGUUCGGCACUUCGUCAACAAAGCUCCACAGGUCUCGAUCUUGCGAGCAGCCAAAAUCAAGAGCUUACACUAUCAAAAGAGCUUGCAGUGCAAGCAUAGAUGCCUUUUCCGACGAAGAAUUUUCCAAGAAAAUCGAAGAGCUAGCUCUCAGAUUCCAACUCUCGGACGAAGAAGAUAACAGUAACGAAGUCAAUUCUAAAUCAGAUAUGGUUUCUGAUUCUAGAGAUAAUAAUUAUAACAGUGUAACUGAAGAAUCUUCAAGUUUACAGUUUCCGCUGGAUUCACUAGAGUCUCAUUGGCUAGAAAUCCAACAAGAGCCACCGGAUUAUAUUAUUCCGGUCAGUAUUGAGCGGAAGGCGAACAGCGUAGACCUUCCACUUUCUCUUCGAAUUAUAAAGAGAAAGAUGCAAUGGCAAGAAGGAUUUAGAGAAGCAGGGGAAUCUGCUUAUUGUUCAGUAAAAAAGGCUUUUUCUUCUAUGGUGUUUAUAAUUCGGGAACUUCAUAGCUUUACUCUGCAAAUGAGGGAGUUACUAUUCACUGAAGAUAUGCAAGGAAUUAUUGUCCGAGUACAGAAAGAAAUGCACGCUUCUUUCGUUUGGUUAUUUCAACAAGUAUUUUCACAUACACCGACUCUAAUGGUGUACGUGAUGAUUUUGCUUGCAAACUUCACUGUACAUUCCAUGGGUAGCAACGCCGCCAUUGCUGCCUCACCACCACCUGUGUCUUAUUCAGCAGCCACUACUGAAAGUUUUUCAGCUGAAAUUCAAGAAGAAGGAAAUCAAAAGUUUGAUUCUUCCUCAGUAAAGACGUUUUCAAUAUCUUCCUCGAAUGGUAAAUCAACUUCUGUUGGCGGUAACAAUGGCGGCGGAGGUAAAAUCCGGCCAGUUGCAAGCGGAACUGAUGGUGACGGAUUGUCGAACAGGUCAGAACAUUUCAAAACAAUCGUAACUGAUGGCACUUCGCAUUUAACGUCAUUAGGAACAACAAGGGAGGCAGAGUCAGUAUCAGGACAAACAACAAGAGAAGAAGAGUUAAGUCUAUGGAAUUCCAUUGUAGAUGAAGCUUCAAAAUUGCAAGCUUCAUUAAGAGAUGAUUCUCUUGAUAAAGAAACCAUUCAGAGAUUUGUUUCACCAAUCAAAGCAAACAUUGAACCAGACGAUCAUACUGAUUAUUUCAGAACAGAGUUACUAUAUCAAACGGGAUUAUCUCAAGACCCUAAUAAUCCUCUUCUUCUUGCCAAUUAUGCCCAGUUUCUCUACCUAGUAGCCCAUGAUAAUGACAGAGCAGAAGAGUACUUCAAGAAAGCAAUAGGAGUAGAGCCAGCAGAUGCAGAGGCAUAUAGCAAAUACGCGAGCUUUCUAUGGAGAGUGAAAAAGGAUUUAUGGGCAGCAGAAGAAACAUUCUUGGAAGCCAUUAAUGCUGAUCCUACAAAUUCUUAUUAUGCAGCGAAUUACGCUCAUUUUCUAUGGAAUACUGGUGGGGAAGACACGUGUUUCCCUCUUAGCUCCUAGCAGGUUUAAUAAUAAUACACACAAAAAUCCCCAGAAAAAGAAAAUCUUGAAGAGAGGGAGAUAAAAGAGAAGAUGAAGAUAAACCCUCCAGCUGUUUGUUUCCGCCGAUCGGUGCAAUAAGGGGAAAGAAAAAAAAAAGAAAAGAAGAGGAAGAAAAUUUUAAUUUUCCAUUUGAAUUUAAAUUUAAAUUAUUUUUUUGAUUGUUAAUUGGGUGGGGAGAAUAUCCUGAAGAAUAUCUUGGAAGAAGGUGUGGAAUGUGUAUUGCGUUGUGGUGGUGGGGCGGUGUUUGGAAGCGGGUAUGCACGUGACCGAGGAUGGAGUUUGAUUUACGAAGGAAUGGUUGGGAACAGUCGCCAUUAACAUGGGCGUAUCUUUCUGCUCUUUUACAGAUCUCAGUUGGCGGAUUUUGCAGUACAGUCUCAAUUUUCAAAUAUGUUUUUUUUUUUUUUUUUAAAUUUAGAGGACAUAACCACAUGGCAAAGUGUAAUUAUUCAUUUUGUUAAUAUAAUGCCAUUUUUUAUUAGGA